GUGGGUUAGUAGACAAAACGACGUCUCGGAGAUUGAAAUUAAAGAUCGUGUCUCUGCUCUCUCUUCCUUCAAAAUCCGAUUUCAGACAACCUUUUUUACUCCGACACAAGAUUUCAACUUUUUAAAGUGUACUUCAUAUCCCAAGCUUACCGUAGUGCUUGCACAAGUGGGGAGUAACUGCUUCAAGUAGUAGUUCAAAGACAAAGAUGUCUCAACUGAUGGCUGAUACAAGUUCAAGGACUGAUGUCUCAACUGAUGGCGACACAGAUCCUAGAGAUCUGGGGUCUGAUAGAGGGCAAACGAUGCUUGCGGUUGCUUCUGAUUCCAGUGGAUCAAAGGAUAAGUUGGAUCAGAAGACUCUGCGUAGGCUUGCUCAAAAUCGAGAGGCGGCAAGGAAAAGCAGACUGAGGAAGAAGGCUUAUGUUCAGCAGCUGGAGAACAGCCGGUUGAAGCUGACUCAACUUGAACAGGAGCUGCAACGAGCAAGGCAACAGGGGGUUUUCAUCUCAAGCUCAGGAGACCAAGCCCAUUCUACUGGUGGAAAUGGGGCUUUGGCAUUUGACGCCGAACAUUCACGAUGGCUUGAAGAAAAGAACAGGCAAAUGAACGAGCUGAGAUCUGCUCUGAACGCUCACGCAGGCGAUGCUGAGCUCCUGAUCAUUUUGGACGGAGUGAUGACUCACUACGAGGAGCUUUUCAGGAUCAAGAGCAACGCAGCCAAGAACGAUGUCUUCCACUUAUUCUCCGGAAUGUGGAAAACACCUGCCGAGAGAUGUUUCUUGUGGCUUGGCGGGUUCCGUUCAUCCGAACUUCUCAAGCUUCUUGCGAACCAGCUGGAGCCAAUGACGGAACGACAGGUGAUGGGCUUAAAUAGCUUGCAGCAGACGUCUCAGCAGGCUGAGGAUGCGUUGUCUCAAGGGAUGGAGAGUUUACAGCAGUCGUUAGCUGAUACUUUAUCUAGUGGAACUCUUGGUUCAAGUUCAUCUGAUAAUGUCGCUAGCUAUAUGGGUCAGAUGGCAAUGGCGAUGGGGCAGUUAGGUACCUUGGAAGGAUUCAUCCGACAGGCUGAUAACUUGAGGCUGCAGACUCUGCAACAGAUGAUUAGAGUGUUGACAACGCGUCAGUCAGCUCGUGCUCUUCUUGCUAUACAUGAUUAUACAUCUCGACUACGUGCUCUUAGCUCCUUGUGGCUUGCCAGGCCAAGAGAGUGAACACACAAGCAUUUUGCUCAGCUCUUUACAUAAUCUUUCAAACUCAAUUCGGUAAAGGAUACUCCUUCCAAGAGAUCACAAAGCAAAAGGCCUUCUUCUCAGAUUCUUACCAGAAGCAAUAUUUUGGGAAAGAAGACUGCAGAUUUGAAAAUGGUUUCCUGAGACUGUGUUGUGUUGUAAUCUUUAGUCAAUAAGGUUGUGUAGUUUCUAGAGAGAGUGAUUGUUCAUAGUGUUUGAAUAUUGAGAGCCAAUAGAUUUAUCAGUGUAAGGUGGUAGUAACCAACAUGACAGAAGAUGGGAUACUUUCAGAAACUUUGAUUGUAUGAUGAUCAUAAGCCAAACAGACAAAUUCAAUUUAAACUGAGAGUUAUGUA